GUUUUACCCAUUUUAGCUGGAGCUGCAAGCUUGCAAAAAGUUGGUAUUGAUAACUCUGCUGUACAAAAAUAUACAAUUUUGGCUCUGUAAGGUGUGAAUGCUGACAACCGAGGAUAAACAUUUUUCAUCUGAAUGACUAAACGAGCUUUCUUGUCAUUCAUAAAGUCACAAGUUUGCUGCAAGUGCCUCGGAGAACUCGUAUGAAUCCACCGUCAGAACAAGCCACGUUUUCAGCUUCUGACACUCCAGAGGUUGAUAAAGCAAGUAGCAUUGAACAUGAUCAAAACACAACAGAUACUCAUAGAAAGAAAUAUCUAUUAGACUGGGAGAGUUUAGGGAGAAGGCCAUGGUAUGAACAUCCUUAUUUUCAGAGAUACUGGACCCAUUACCGAUCAGUAAUGAAUUGUAAUCAGCAGACGACAAAAACACCAGACAGGGGAUUGAAGUUCGCCGGAUACCACUGGAUGCCAUUUAUGCUUCCAUGUUACCUUAGCAACCCAGCAUUAGCGCAGAUGUCAAAACAUGCAUCAGCACACAGACGCAGUUCACAAACACCCUCCCAUACCUCUGAUACAAAAAGCAGACAAAUGAAGCAUUUAAAGGCAUCAAAAAAGAGGAAAAGGAAGAGAAACUCUAGCAGUCGGUCCAGCAGUCGUGUCAGUUUUUCUGAAGAUGUGGUCACAAAUGAAGGAGACUCACAUGAAUUUGAGAUGCAUAUAACAGAUGAAAUGCUGGCAUUUUUUGAGGCUUCUGCCAAGCAUCGAAAGGAAAGAGAUGCCAUGAGACGUGAAGAAGAGAAUAAUGCUGACAAAGGAAUUGAAAGUGAUUAUAUUGACAUAGAAGGAGUGACUGCUGCCACCAAGUCCAGAGCCAGUGCCCAUGCUCCAUCUGAGCGCCCAGGUGCAAAGCGCACCACACAGAUGAAGCUGUUGUAUGGGAAACAUGCUGCAAUGAUACAUGGAAUGGAGACUGCAAUGCAACUGACAUUUGAUAGAAAUUGUGACAUCAAGCAACCAAAACUUUGGCCCAAUAUGCCACUGAAUAUUAAAUUUUAGAAUGUCUUAUGAAAAGUGACAACACGUCAUGUCAGUAUCAUGUUAAAUAGCAUCAUGACUGAAUACUGGACAAGGGGUACAGUCAUCUUUUCAGUUUGAAGGAAUAGAACAAGAUUUUAAAAAUUCAUCUACCAAUCACUUCCCAUGGCUCUGUAGUUGAAAUCAUGACUGGUCUAUGUGAAAUAUUAGCAGCUUGGGACAUUUGAAACGAACACUUUCUCAAUGCACCAAAUAUUUGCCUAGUUAAUUGGCUUGCCUGGAAGUCGGAAUGCAACUUUGUAAAGUGCAAUUUGAUUAAAUUACAACUUUUUAACCUGUUUAAAAUUGGUCACUCU